ACACGUGCACACGGCACAGCCCGACCGACCCAGUGACGCCUCAAUCAAUUAAUACUAAUAAACAAAAAAGAAGAAAAGGGGGACUCUGUGACUCGACACCAAAGUCCUCAGAUCCAUUGUCGAUUCGCAUGGUUUAUCUCGCCGGCAAUCCUCACCUAUCCUCACCCGGCGCAUCCCGGCCAUUUUUGUGCCUCCCUCCCCAGCUACCCGCCGCACCAUCCCUCUUUCGGCGCACGAAUUCACCUCUUUGAUGUCUCCAAAGAAGACAGUGGUUGAUUAUACAGGAGGCUUGAAUAGGGCGGAGAGACUCGCAGCUAGAAAAGACAAAGCUGUGCCGUUGAUCUCGAGGGGGAGUGAUGGCAGGAAAAGAGGAAGGGUUAGUAAAUUUAAGAAACGAAUGGACAAGAUGGUAAAAUUGAUGAGGGAAACACAGGCAGCUGAGGCUGCUGCCGCUGCUGAGAAAGCACGACUUUUCAAGUUAGAGCACCCUCAUCAAGUUGUUUUGAACACUCAUUUCCAAGAGAAAGAGUUUGGUGAUAUAUCACUUCCAGAUACCGCGCACUACAAGAAACAAACUCAAUGGCUGUCUUCAAUUGUUGUCUCUCUUGCUUUGUUUGAUGGAAGUAUGAUGUUAUUUGCUUGCUCAGGCCUAGCUAUACCAUCCGGGACAACUAAACUAGAGCUGAGAAGAUUUGUGACUUCAAGACGUUUGGUUGAGGAAUUCAAUAAAAACAGAAAUACAGAUGAUAAAUUGAGAUUGAUGUGUGCCUUCCAGAUAAUACGCAUAUGGAUGGGUUCUUGGGACUAUAUGAUAAAGAUAUUGCUAUUGUCACGUCCUGUGACUUCACGUAUUGUGUCCCCACGAAUGAUGUCUGUCCUGUAAAUCUGGACCUUCAUGUGCCUCUGCCUUCUGAUCGUAAGGUAAUUGCAGCUGCUCGUAUGUUUGGAUCGGGCCGUUUGAUGGUCAAAUUGGGGCGUCUGACUGGAGACAGUCGUGCAAGAUGUGAUGGAAUCACAGAGGCUGCACUUGGAGGGCCGCUCGUCAGUCAUGAUGGGAAGUUUCUUGGGGUCAUCCUUUGUGUCGAGGGCACUUCUUCUUUGUUCCUAUCACUGAUGGCCCUUCGUGAACGCUUGGAGCACUUUCAGUUACUCAGUUCUAAAACCAGAGACUUCCGUAGAUAUUCCUUGCCUGCAGAUGUAUCAAUCAUAAUCCCUUCAGGAUUCUGGUUUAUAAUUAAGAAGCUAGAGUCAGUUGGCUAUCCCAUGCCACCACCACUUGUGCUUGAAUUCAAUGGGAAAUUGCUCGAGACAUUUGAGGAGGAGUUUGGUGAAUUACUUGCAUGGAAAGGGUAUCCUUACGUCGUUUCAAACCCCUGUUCUAGGGAGUAUGUUUGGGCGCUACUUCCAAGAGACGUUGUUACAAAUAUAUCCCCAAGUGUUGUCAAACUUGCUUCAUUCAAUGGAAACAUCAGGUCUUUUGCAUGCACAGGCUUGCUUAUAAAGUGGCCUGGAGCUGAAGGCACAAACACUGUCAUUCUCACUUCGGCAAGUUUAGUUAGAAGUCGUUAUGAUCACUUCAAGAUUGAUAAUAACUUAACGAUUGACGUGUUUCUCCCACCAAAACAACAUGCCAAGGGGACUUUGGUAUUCUACCAUUUAAAUACUAAUCUUGCUGUUGUCAGUCUUGAGAAGCGUAUCCAUGGCAUUCGUCCAUUUGAUAUUUGCCGUAAAGGGGAUUUAUCUAAACCAGUAGUAGCUAUAGCGCGUAAAAUUGAAGCAGGGUUUUUAAUGGCCUCAAAGGGUGAAGUGAUUUACGGCCAGACCUGCAGCAUUUAUGUCGAAAAGCUUAUGCUUUCCACUUGUAAAAUCAACAAGGCUGGGAUUGGAGGUCCCCUUAUUAACUUUGAUGGGGCAUUUGUUGGCAUGAACCACUAUGAUGGAAGUGAAGUAACUCCUUUCCUGCCAAGGCGUGGGAUUGUUCAAAUUCUGAAAGGAGAGAUUAAUUGGCGAAGACAAAGUGGGCUCUCCAUGGACAUACUGCAUGGUGUUGGAUAUAGGAGUCAGAUAGACCGGCGAAGGUGGCCUGUGCCUGAGCCGUAUUGGCACCAUGAUCUACUUGGUAUGGACAAGUAUGAUUUACACCCGCAUGUUGGAAGACAACUCUAGUAACGUCAUGCUGUUGGAGUGCUAUCGUCUGGUUAUUCUCGUGCUUGUUUUCUAACGGACCUGUACACUACUGCCCAGGGUUCUCGUUCUGCUCAUGUUGGAUCUUGCUCAUGUUGGACCCGUGUUACCCGUAAAGAGUAUCCUACCAUCGAAUCAGGUUCUCGAUAAUUUAAUUCAACAAACUUUAUGCA